AUCGCCAGCCAGAGUAGUAACGCCUCCGUGGAACCGAUCACCACAUCAGGGCUUCCUUCUUCUCUUUCUUCCCCUCAUCGAUCGAGUCCUCGCUCCAACGCCAGUAGAGUUCGUUUCGAUCGGAUUUUUCUCAUCCUUUAUUUCUGAUGUGCAACGUGUGUGUUUACUCACUGUUUGUCAUCAUUGGAAAUGCUUCAUUAAGGCAGAAUUCUUGCACAGAAAAUUUGCAUAGUUGAUGCAGAACUUCCAUUUGGUCCUUCACUGGCAACCAGUACUUGGUAUCUUACAGUAUGCUAGGAAUAGCAACAUGACACAUCUCAGAGGCGUUAUGGCUAGCAAACGUAUUCAGAAGGAGCUUCAGGAUCUGCAAAGAGAUCCUCCAACAUCGUGCAGUGCAGGGCCUGUUGGGGAGGAUCUGUUCCAUUGGCAAGCAACGAUCAUGGGUCCUGCAGACAGCCCCUAUGCUGGAGGAGUGUUCUUUGUCAUGAUUCAUUUCCCACCUGACUAUCCAUUUAAGCCUCCAAAGGUCAACUUUCAGACCAAGGUUUACCACCCAAACAUCAACUCCAAUGGCAGCAUAUGCCUCGACAUCCUAAAGGAACAGUGGAGCCCUGCUCUGACCAUUUCAAAGGUUCUCCUUUCCAUCUGCUCUCUUCUUACUGACCCAAACCCAGAUGACCCUCUUGUCCCUGAGAUUGCCCACAUUUACAAGAAUCAAAGAUCCCGUUACGAGGAGACAGCCAGAGCAUGGACCCAGAAGUAUGCCAUGGGCUGAUGGCUCGCUGUUUCCGAACUCAGCAGGGAGAACCUUUUGUUUCCAAGGACUAAAACCAGACUAAGUGCUUGUGCUAGUUCAAAAUGGCAUAACAUGCUUGGUUUUAUAUAUUGACAUGGGAUGGAGCCUAAUGUUAUGGUGCUUUGUGGUAGGUUUUGUCCUCCGUGGAACUCUCAACACGUUCUGCAUCCAAACUUUGAAUUUAUAAAAUUAGAAGUCGUUAUUAAGCAUAAGCAUGGAAUCUUUGACGGUGCUGCCUGAUUGGAAAUUAAAUGUUCUGAAGAUGGCGUCGUGUAUCUGUUUGCUGGCUGGUAAAACCUUAUUAUGAUA